CACACCGACUACAACCUGUCUGCCAGCUUCAAGGGCACAGGCAGCCCAAAGGGGAGGAGGGGGCGGAGGCCUCCUACACCUUCCUCUCCCCUGCGACGCAUCAGCACUUGGCACAGGGGGAGGCUCUGUAGCCCGCUCACAAAUCCACAAUCCCCAAGACUUGAAUCCCAAGUUGCAGCAGACAGAGGAGGGGAGGGCAGUUAUCUCAGGCUCCCAGCACCCCCCCAAUGUGCCCGGUUGGAUCAUGGAGCUGCACUGUCUUCCUACUGAGACCCCCACCACAGCCAGCUCCUGCUCCACGGACCCCCUGUACGACAACUGCCCACCUUUUGCCCAGCGAGGGAGGGCAAGGGAAAGGGAAAUGGAGAGCAGGGUUGUGUGCCCGGCUGUAACCAGACUCCCAGGCCCCUGCAGCCCUCUGCCUGGUCUGGCCCCAGCUGUGGCUGAGGUUCCCACACUGAUCAGUGGGGGAAGAGGGACUGGCGCCUGGCCAGAUCACAGCUACUGCAGCUGGAGAGGAGGCCUGGGAAGACGGGCCUGGGAAGCAGAGCUGGGUCCAGGCGUAAACAAAGCAAGAGGAGGAGAGAGAGAACAGGGACGUGGUUGGGGAUGUGAGGACAGAGCUCAUCUGAACCAGAGCCCAAACCCGUCGCAGAGCAAGGAGCACAGGAGCGCUCUCUCUCUGUAUGAUAACCUCCCCGACGCCGUCACCCCCGACGACCUCCAAGACGUCUUCGACAUGGAAACGAGCUUCCAGGAGCAGAUGUACCGAGCGUGGGCCCCUGAGCAGAACCAGGGACUGAUGGACAGCGAGGGAGCGAGCGAAGGCAAGAGCACCUGGUCCUCCUGUGAGAUCAUCCUCGCUGAAAUCCAGAAUCCAGACCAAGACAAGAAGCAUGAACAGGAGCCAGAGCUGGACUCAGGAUCCUGUGGAUUUAAGCCCGGGGACCCGAUGCUGCAUCUCCAACGUCUUACGGCAAGCUCCCCUCAGCUAUCCCAAACUGAGUGCCAGGUUCUGUGGCCCCCAGCUGAAGCCCAGCACAUGGAGAAGCCAUCCUGGCCCCCCAGGGUGCCCCCUCCUGUACCCCUGGCAGACCCCUCCGCCAGCGCCCUCCGCAGCCUCCUCACCAGCCUCCAGCAGCAGAUAGUCAGACAGAGGGAGGAGUACGAGGCACGAAUACUCAGCCUAGAGCAAAGAAACGAGGAGCUGCAGGUGGAGGUUGUUCGGUUGAAAACCAACCUGGCGCAGCAGCGGCACUGGUACCAGGCGGUCCAGGCUAAGAUCGCGGAGUCCGAAAGGACCCGGGCCGCCGCGGAACUACGCAACGCGACUCUGCAGAAGGAGAUGGAGCAGUUCUUCGACACCUUCGGAGAGCUCAACAACGAGGCCAAGAAGACGGAGUACAUCGUCAAGAGCUUUUGAGAGAAAGAUUAUGUAUGAAUUGUGUGCGAUGAUGUGAACAGUGCGUGCAAAGAGGAGGACAAAAAGGCACAAGACUGGCUAGUCUUUAAACUCUAGUUAGGAACAUGUAUUGUAUCUAUGCAGAAGAUUUGGUAACGUGAGAAAUAUGCAAAGCUUCACUGAAAGAAAAUGAAUCACUGAUGUCCACUUUAUUAGUUACGUAAGGGCAAAAGAUGUUGGCUGGGUGAUUAUAUUGUGGUCAUUGCAGUCACACAGGACAUCUCUGAAAAUAAAAGGAGAAAUAAACCGAACCAAGAUGUGAGAUGCAGUGUAA